CUGCUCUAACACCGGAGCUUUAAAUCAGUCUUCAGCACUUCAGUUUCCAGCCACAUCAACAUAUGGGUGCGUGUGCAUCGCCUCUGAUUUACGGUAUUUCCAUUGCACGCUUUGAAGCUGCAAACAUUGACAAGAGGGAUUGACUAGCCGGUUCUAGAAUACAAAGCGUGGUGGUUGAAUUGAGGACAAAAGGACUACUAAGCCUAAUCAGGGCCCCGAUAUUAUAAGGUCGCCUAGUGUGGCCGAUGUAAUUCCAAGGCAAUGAUCAAAGUGCGUGUGGUAGCUAGCCGCAGCAACGAGGUUCGUGUUCCAAUGCCUUGAAACACAAUAAAACCACAACGUUCCAUCAACGUUGCAUUCUUUCACUCCCUUCUCUUUCACUGCUCAGUUUCAAUCCUUUCUUUUAAUUCGUUGGACGACUUACUCUCCUUUGCCUCACGAUGCACUCUCUCUCUAAGCUCUUUCUGGCGGCUCUCUCAUUGACCACCCUGGCUGGUGCUCACCAACAGUCGCGCGCGCACUCGCGUCACCGUACUACUGUCCGUAGACAGUCCACUAACAAAAUUUACAAGAUCCAAGACCUCUAUCAAGGCGAAGAUUUCUUCAAUGAUUGGAAUUACUUCACUGGUUCGGACCCCACUGGUGGAAAUGUCAACUACCUAAGCAAAUCGGACGCACAAUCGAAGGGACUUGCAUAUGUCAAUGACUGCGACAACUCGACUGUCCUUGCAGUUGAUUCGACCAGCACCGUUGCUGCCGGCGGCAAGCGUGACUCUGUUCGUAUCACAUCUCAGAAGAGCUACAACGGUGGUCUCUUUGUCAUUGACGCCUCGAAUAUGCCUGUCGGCUGUUCUACGUGGCCCAGUUUCUGGACCGUUGGCCCGAACUGGCCCUCGGCGGGGGAAAUCGACAUUAUCGAGGGUGUGAAUGACCAGACGACAAACCAAAUGACCCUUCAUAGUGGCACGAGCCAAAGUUGUACUAUCGGAAAGUCAAAUAGUAGUACCGAUCAGUUUACUGGCCAGGUCCUCGGAACCAGUUGUUACAGCACCGAGAACGCGGAUGCAGGCUGCAGUGUCGAGGACACAGACACAAGCUCUUUUGGAUAUGGCUUCAAUAAUGCCGAUGGUGGUGUCUUUGCACUUCUAUGGGAUAACUCCACUGGCAUGUCGAUGUGGCACUUCGCUCGUGCUGACAUACCUGCGGAUCUUACGGCCCAAAUGCCGAACCCUUCCACUUGGGGUACUCCAGCUGGUUUCUGGUCUUCGCAAAGUUGCGACAUAUCGGCCAACUUCUACGACCACCAGAUGGUCGUCGACACUACUAUCUGCGGCAACUGGGCAGGUGGUAGCGCCUACUCCAGUUCUGGAUGCCCAGGCAAGUGCACUGAUAUGGUUGCCAAUGCUACUAACUACGUUGAUGCUCAAUGGGUUAUCAAUUACAUUGCCGUCUUCCAGUGAACAUUCCCCUCAUACCUUCAUUAUUUGCAUUGCAUUGCAUCACAUCAUAUCUGCAUCAUACCCUGCGUUCGUUACCAACACAUCGUAAUUUGUUCUCUUGUUUAUUGGCAGGCAUAUUUACUGUUUGGAUUUGCUGCGCUGGUCGCUUUUCUGCUCCGCAUUUCGAAGAAUCGGUGGUAGGGCAUCCAUAAACUACUUACAAAUAAUUUGUCAUUAGACUCAAUCACUCGGAAUAUACCACUGUGCUUGAGACUC